CGGGAACCGGAUAGUAGAAGUAUUGAACACAUUCGUGAGGAACACGUAUGUAACGAAUUCAUUGACUGAUUUCUAGAUCAACAGUUAUUGAUGGCGUUUUCUAGUCCAGAGUCACCUGUAGCACCACGUCGUGUGUUUAUAAACCGUGUUGAAAAUCCUAGCGAAGAACAUGAAGAGCUCAACAAAAUGGCGCACGGGGUUGCAGAGAGUAGGAGGUAAGCUGACUACGAACUCCCAUGGAAGUCGUGGCUGAAAUAAUUUAACGUUCUUCUUGAUAAAACUAUAACGAGACUAAGAGAGGGUGCCUAUGGAAACAGUAUACCGUAAGAACGAGCUUCACGCAAAAUCGGCCAGUGCUAGUUAUGAAUGGGAGGACAUCUAUUUUUCUCUUUCCGCAGCAGGUCAAAUUUAGUCUUGAGAAGGGGUUCGGGAAAAGGGGGGGGGGGGGGGGAGGGGUUCGAAUGUAUGCUUUUAUGUUUCCAGUUUAUGGUAAUGAAACGUGGAACGAUUUCAGAAUCUUGAAAGAUCUCACAGUUUAAUCCUGGAUAUGCUAUGUCAACCUAGUUGUAUUAGGCACCUAUCAUGUUCUCCUGCGACAUAAGUUGUACUGACAUGUUUGAGUGUGAGUAAAUAGGAUGAGGUCAUGAUUAAAGGGGCUGUCCUGGUGUACCGGUACACGGGGGAAUUCCUAUUGUUUUCAUAUCCAUACAUGGAGUUGUGAUGCAGUUCGUUAAUGUUUCGUUCCUUUGUGUACCGGUACACGAGGAUACAACUCAAUUAAAAAUCAUUAUUGUAACUUGAAUUAACAUUUAGAUAAAAUAUUAGUUUUUUAACUGCAUGAUAUAAUUUUACUAAAAUUUCAGAUUGCUACAAUUAACCCUUUAACUCCUAAGAUGCCAUUGGUAGUUCUUCCUUGUAAAUUAGAAAGGAAGACUUUGGUGUUAUAUUAAGAUUACACACUCUUGCUUGCCAACCUAUAUGCUAGAUCAGAUAUUGAAAUUACGAGUAGAAGUUACUUAAUGAUUUUAGAUAUAUGAAAUUCAAAUAUUUGCACUGCAGCAAAGAAACAAAUUUAAGAGAUCCUCACGGUUAAGAACACUACUGAACUAGUAGUUGAAAAUAGGACCUGAAAAAAUUCAGGCCUGUACAGGAUUUGAACCCAUGACCGCUGCGAUACUGGUGCAGCACUCUACCAACUAAGCUAACAAGCCAACUGGGAGCUGGUCAAUAUGUUGGGUCCAAAUAAACCAUCCAAGUGAUGAAUAAUGAUUUUAGAUAUAUGAAAUUCAUAUAUUUGCACUGCAGGUCCUAUUUUCAACUACUAGUUCAGUAGUGUUCUUAACUGCAAGGAUCUCUUAAAUUCAUACAAGUUACUGGUUUUAACUACGGGGAGUUCAAGGGUUGACAUCAUUUUCUUGCAAUUUCUUAAUUUUCACACCCAUGCAUAUUUGUCAUUUACAGUGCAGAUGUCUUCUCUAGCUAUACAUGUGGUUCAUUGUAUCAUGAGGAUAUUCAAAAUCAUCCAGGAGAUAUAGUAGAAGCUGGUUGUCUGGCGGUAAGUGUGUUUUUCCAGCUUUAGUUAGCAAAAUAACUCAAAGCAGUUUAUUUUUAACAGGGAAAUAGGUCUGCAUUGACUCAGUCUGUCAGUUGUUGCACUCCUUUUGGUUGUUGUUGUUAUUUUUUUUUUAGGGUGUGGAAAUUAAACCUCAAUUUGCAUUUCCAGCACCUUAAUUUGUCACUUAAUUUGAGGAACCUUUUGCUUAGCGUUGGUUAACAUUCUUAUACUCAAAUGUCUUCUACCUAUCAGGCUCAGCAGCUACCAAAGGCCAAGUAUAGAUUGUUUGAGUCACUCCCACAAGAUUUGAUAAAAACUGGUACUGUCUUUUGAUUUCAAUUUCUUUUUUGUAUGAGACAUUAUUUGAAAACAGAUGAUUAUUACAAUUAUUUACAUUUAACUUUUUUUAGGUAAACUGAGUGAUUUACAGCUAGAGGGUGUUUUAUAUGCUGUAAGUAUAUCUGUGACAUGAAGUGUAAUUCUAUGUUUGGAUUGUAUACUUAAAAAAUUACUGUUUCUCUAUCACAGCUGAAGACAGAAAUGUUCAUUUCUUCCGGGUUUUAUUCAGUUAUGUAGUGAAUAUAAUAGUAACAUACAUUUACAGAAUCAGACAGAGGGUUUCUAUUAACAAUUAUAGGAGGGUAAAGUGUGAGGAAAAUAUUCUGUUAAUAAAAAAUAGCUUAGACUGCAGAAAUUUAGCAGGUGGGUUAUGCUCAGCAGCUGAAGAAUUUAAAUAGGUGCCAUGUUCCAGAAAUCAAAAUAGGGCUUGGAAGGCUUUUUGUUUUGAAGGUGGGAAAAACUUUGACAAAAGCUGUGUUUCCUGUGUGUUUCUUCCUCUGUUGUAUUGUACAACUUUUCUCUUUCUCUGUGCUGAUAAAAUGUAUUGUUUAUUGCUCUUAAUGGUAUUUAGUGUCAGAGACAUCAGAUGAUCCUUGCCAAUGGACAAAGGGCGGGCUUCUUUAUCGGAGAUGGUGCUGGUGUUGGCAAAGGAAGACAGGUAAUCAUUUGCUUUGGUAUGUCUAAAUUGAACCACCUUCCCCAGCCUUUAACCCCAUUUUGCCAUGUGAAGUAUUAAAAAAUUUGCAUGACUUCACGUUUAGAACAAGUAUCAAAUAUAACAUUUCUCACUACAUGUUUGGAACAUUUCAUCUUUUCUCUAGGCUUCUGGUCUGUUUUUUUUAGAAAAUUAUGUUGAUUAUCAUAGUUGUUGAAGCUUAUUACUGUCCUAGAUCUCUGGAAUUUUGUUGGACAACUUUGCACGUGGAAGAUGCAAACAUGUGUGGUUUAGCAUCUCAACUGAUCUGAGAUUAGAUGCACAAAGGUUUGUCGUCAAAAAUUUUGUCAUGGUCACUCAAGGAAGUUGAUGAACCCUUUAACUCCCAGAAAUGAUUAACAUGUAACUUCUCCCAAAAGUAUCCAUACAUAAUCCAACAAAAAGGUAAUAAGAAUACACUAACUAAUCAGGCAGAAGAUGUUAUCUUGAUCUGACAACAAAUUCUCAUAACUAAUUAACAAGGUAUUGUGUUGUAGCAAGAGGGGAGAAUUAUCAAUCAGAUCUUGGGAGUGAAAGGGUUAAUGGUAUUUGGUGUUUAUCUAAGCUCUAGGCCAUUUUUUGGCCCCUCCUGGAAUAUUUACCCUUGUAGUGAUCUCAAUCGGAUAUUUUAAUUUCUUUGGUGGAUGUUUUAAAACACUGAUAAAAAAAUAUAUUUGUUUACUAAUAAAGUUGUCUGGAACAUUCUUGAUUCUUUAUUCAUAUAUGUGUAUACAGGGGUUGCAAUGUUUUCAAUAAGCAGCCACUGAUGAUGUGAUAGGCAGCUUUGCCCCCUUACCAUGGCAGGGUUAGACCACCAGUAACUGGCUUUUAUUGGAUCACUGCGUUUAGUGUCCAGUCCCUUUUGUUCAAAGUUAUGAUAUUAAAAAGAUGUCGUAGAAAACUCUGGUCUCUUGUUUUACAGAGAUUUAGAAGACAUUGGUUGCUAUGUUAAAGUUAUUGAUGGUUGUCAACAGCUUGACAAAGAGACGAGGUAAUUAACACCUCUGGCAGCAUUAAAAAUGUGAAACUGCUGGUGCUUUGCAGAAAUUCCUCUCUUAACUUUUGAUUGGUUACAUUGUGAUCAUGAAGUUUUUGUUUUUUUGAGUUUGAUGAAAUUGUGGAAAAAUAAUUUCUUAUACAUGGUAUUAUAUUUACAUAUUUCAGAGUAUUUGGUUUGCCUGCUGAUUUUAAAGAGGGUGUAGUUUUUAGUACCUAUGCCACAUUGGUAUCAUCUGUCCAGAAAGGUAUUUUUAUCAUAGUGUUGUGAGAAGCAGAUCUGUAAGUCAUCAACCCUUUAACCCCUAACAGUGACUAGUGUCUAGAUUAUCUUUAUGAUAUCACUCCUGAUGGUUGUAAUUACAAAUGCUGUACAUGAUCGUAUCAUUUCAGGGAAAAUGGUUUGUCAUAUUUCCUCAGGUACCAAUCGUCAGAGCAGACUACAGCAGUUGAUUGACUGGUGUGGUGGAGAACAUUUUAGUGGAUGCCUCAUAUUUGAUGAAUGCCACAAGGCAAAGCAUUUUGUACCAGUAAGUGAUUUGUAUAGGAUAAAUGUUGACCUGGUGAUCUUUGAUAGUUUUUUUUUUCAAAUAUUUCUUUUUUAUGUAUCAGUGACCUUAGAACAGGAUACAGGUAAUUUGCUCCAUCUACACAUUUGCAUAUUUAAGGUGGUCAUGCAGUGUGACACACCUGUUUACCUACAGCAUUUCUUUCUCAUUUGCACUCUGAGAGCCAUUUUGAUAUUAUUGGAUAAAUGGAUGAUUAUUGGCAAGUUAGUGCACCUGUUUUUUCUUUUCUUAUAGGGAAAGGAAGAAAAUAGCACAAAAAUAGCUCUGGCUGUCACUACUUUACAAAGGUAUUCAAAUGAAGAAAAAUUGAAUUGUAUCUUUCAUAUGGAGGUAGUUGUUGCAACUUUAGAAUCCAAAAAAUUUGUUUAAUAAAAGGGUUUUUGGCGUAUUACUGAGUACUACAAUUAUAUAACUCUGUGGUUGAUCACAUUGAUCACAGUUUUUUUUAAGUAGGAACAUAGAAUAUGCUGUUUUCUCCUUGAGUUCUGUGUGAAUGUUCUUAAUCAUACAUGUCAUCCUUUAGGCUACAUGUAGAUUCUAGAAAUUAUGAUUUCAUGAUUCAAUGUGUUUACAGGAUCCUUCCAAAAGCUCGUGUUGUGUACUGCAGUGCAACUGGAGUCACAGAUGUUAAGAAUAUGGUAUGUACUAUUUAUGUAUACUUGGGUUUUGUAGUUAACUUUGUGAUAAACUGCUAAUGUGAUGCAGAUGUGCAUUGCAAGAAUUGUUAAGCCAGCUGGGGUUGGUUUCAGACUUCAAUGCCAGGGGAGGGUCUGGUGCUGAGAAAAAAGAAUUAGAGUGUGGGGUAGGGUAGGUAAGAUGAUUGUGUGGAAGGGGAGGGGUAUGGGGUUAAACAUAGCAAAAGAGGGAAGGAUGGUUCAUCAGAGUUGAUAACGAAAAAAUUGAUGAAGAGGUAUAAUUUUUUUUUCAGGCAUUUAUGGAGCGACUUGGCCUUUGGGGAGAUGGAACUGCAUUUAAGUCCUUUGAUACUUUCCUUGGCAGCAUAACCAAGAGGGGAUUGGGUAAAAAUUUUCUGAAUUUUUCAGUUUGCUAUAACAAUUUGCCAUUGCUUACAUAUAUAAGCCUCUGGGAUUGAUGCAAUAAACUGACAGUUAGUUUGUAUUUGUAAACUGUCAUUUCCUGAUAGUGCCAACGUUUUACUUUAGGUGCUGCUGAGAUGUUAGCCAUGGAGAUGAAGGCUUCUGGAAUGUAUGUGUCAAGAGGUCUUAGUUUCAGACAAGCUGAGGUAUACCUUGAUAUUUACACUUACUGCACUAAGAAGAAAGAAGCAGCAAAUGAAAAGUUUGAUUUUUAUUUAGUGAUGUUUAUUUUUAAUUAGUGCAAAAUUUGGCAAAGCCCUAAUUAUGAAACAACCUUAAGUUGCUUGUUGUUGUAUGUAUUAUGGAGUGAGUGAUCCUAAACUAUCUGAAAUCUGCUCAAUUUUUGACGUCAUGAACUCCCUUUCACAAAUCAUCUAUGCAGCUUUAUUUUUUAUAUGUAUAAAGACUUAUAAAAAUUUAAAAAAAAAAAAAAAUUUUUUCUCACCAACUGAUAUGACUUGCUUUUAAUUUCCUAUUUAUUUUCAGUUUGUAAAUGUAGAGGCACCAUUAACACCAGACCAGGUUAAGAUCUAUGACACAGCAGUUCAUGUGUGGUGAGUAGUGAUCAAUUAAAAUUUUUACUCUUGAUGCAAAGAUUGCAUAACAUACAUGUAGAUCCAGAUGAGGAAAAGAAAUCCCAGGGCUCUGCUACUCGUCAUGUUUGGACCCAGAUCCCCGCGUCAGGAAGCUCACUUAUCCUUCUUAGAUUUUACCAUUUUUUUAAAGUUUUUUUUUUUUUUUUUAUACAAUACUUUCCUAAUUAUUUUAAAAGUCAUAGAUGGGGACUAUGAAUAUAAAAUUUUGGGAGAAAAACUGCUUAGGGAAGAAACACCUUUUCAAUGGGUCUGCAAACGCAGUUCACUUCGAUCAUUGUGGCAUAAAUGAGCGCGCGUCCUUAUUUUAUCCAUUAGUGUGCUUUUAUGCGCGGAUCUGUAUGCGUAAUUUGCUGUUUUUUUUUCUUAUGUUUCUUUUUAAUUCAAGGAAUGAGUUGAAGAAGUCACUGGAAUACGCCCUGGGUCGAACUAACACUGCAACUCCAAGGGUGUGGUCCAUAUUUUGGUCAAGUCAUCAGCGGUUCUACAAACAACUCUGGUAAAAAAAAAAUUGAAAUUAUUAUCGGGUAACUACAUGCUGUAGGCACUCUUGGGCUUUUCACUGCAUCCUGGGUUAGUUACUUUUUUCACUUAGAAUUUGAGGAGGAGGGCACCCAUAGGUAACUAGCCGAGAAAAACGGAAAGUAAACUCCUCUUUGUCCCAUGUGAUGGUAGGCGGAUACUGAAUUUCGUGUAUCGUGGUAUUAGCACCUGGGUCCCGCCUUUUAUGAAAACUGUUAGUCGAGUGUAUGCCACGAAAAAGCGCUUUUUUGUGGAUUGUGAAUGGUCCCGCAGUGCGAAAAAGUAAACACUUUAUUGUAUAGUCCUUGGUGUUCGGUAGAGGGGAAGCUUGCAUUAAAGGUCGAUAUGUUUUUGUAGCCGUGUCCAAGGAAAAACGAAAACCAACGGUACUAUUUCCUGACACGUGUAACUAAAAACAUUCUAGUUUUAUGCUGGACUAGCUUCGUUUCCGUUGUUAUUGUUUUUAUUUUACAUUUUGCACAGCAUGAGUAUGAAAGUUCCUCAGAUUGUGCGGGAGGUUCAGCAAGCGAUACAGGAUGGCUAUUGUGUCGUGAUUGGUCUACAGACAACUGGCGAGGUCUGUAUGAUUUCUGAGUUAUAUUACGUCUUUAUUAUUGGAGAAUUUUCAAAUGAAUAAAUCAAGUUAUCCGAGAUUGCAUUGACUUGCUUUACUACGCUCUGUGAUUGGUCUAAAUACCUCGCGCCACUCUCCCAACCAAUCAGACGCUAAAAUAAAACCAAUUGCGUCUUGGUCACUUGCAUUUUCCCGCGCUUCAAGUCGUGUGCUUGUAUUGACUUUGAGUUCUUAACGCCGCUGUAAUAUUUUCUUUGGCUCAAAGAGGCCGUUUUAAUAACUAUGGUUUUGGUUUCACGGCGCUCAACCGAAAACCCCUCAAGUACUAGUUUUGUUGAUUACUUUGCUUUGUACCAAACGUAGCCCUUACAAACUUACCUCAACGUUUUAUUUGCAAGAAAAAAAAUACAGUGCGGGAGUACUGUAAUAAUGCGAUCAUUUCCUAUUGUGUUCCAGAACUUCUAUAUUUUUCAAUGAAAUUGAGGCUUCCCUGACUGUUUCGUCUCAUUUUUGCUUUUUAUUUUGUACUUUAGGCAAGUUUAGAGAGUGAAAUAUCACGUGGUGGUGGCGUGCUUAAUAACUUUAUUUCCAGUACGGAAGAAAUCUUGACCAGGUUUAUCAUGCAAUAUUUUCCGACAAAGGUUACAAAAACGGUGAGUUAAUCUCAACGGUGUCACUUGAAGCUAUAAAUUGAAAUUCCUCACCAUUCCAUUUCUCUUGUAGGGAGGCAGCAGUUAAACACUAAACCUCUGAGUAGUUUUUGAUACCCGAGAUCGACACCUUUACUCUACUAUUUAUUUAUUAUUAUUUUUUUCAUUCGAAGAUUAAAUGUGUUAGAUUAAAUUGAUAAAUUGAAUCUUACUAGUUACACAUCCAUGUGCAGAUCUCCAUCCGCUUUUUGCCAGCUUGAAUUGUAGUUUGGGGUGCUGGGUUUGUUUGUUUGUUUGUUUGUUUUUCUUUCGAGUGAAGGGACACGAAAGGCAAAAUUGAAAAAUUUUGAAAUUUUGAAAUUUGAAGAUACGCAAAUUGUAACGCCGCUCAUUUACGACAUCUUCUUCAGUGGUCUCUUGUCAUACGAAUUAUUGCCUCAUUUAGAAUGGGAAUGUUGUGGAAGACAAGUGGAGUGUGCAAGCCAAGGAUCUGUUGCUCUCUUUUGUCAAGAAAAUUAAUCUUCCAAUAAGGUUUGUACGCUAGCCGUUUCCACUGAAGACUCAUUGGAACCUUGUAAUAGUUCGGCUUACCAUCGAGGCCUCCGGAACUCAACGAAAAAGCAUAGGAACUCGAAAUCUGACGGUUAAGGGUUCGAUUCCUUGUUGGGGAUUCAGAUUGUUUUCAAUGUCCCACUCUCGGGACAUAACGAUUUUAACGAUUUACGGUUUGCUUUCAUUUUAUACUGACAUCUUGUCUUUAUUUUUGCUGGCCAUGUUUCCCAUUUUUUCAACACUGAUUCAAUUAAUCCUUAAAAUCCUUAUGGUGACCAGGAUCUACUUUCCCCUUUCUGUGAUACUGUUAAAUUAUUCAUUUUGAUCAGGAGAAUUAGGGAAAUGAUCGUCGACCUUAGAAACCUUUUGUAAGAAGCUUGAUUGUGAAAGGAAUUCUCCUCAUCCGUAGGGUAGGAAAUGGAUGGGAAAGAGUAUGGAGAAUGUGCAUACUGAUAUUAGGGUGCAAAGGGUUAAGAAAUUGUUAUAUAAUUUUACCAGUCUCUUUUUAACCCCGAAAAGCCAGCUUCUCCUACUUCAAGGUUGAUUACAUUGUGUGAACGCGUCCAAACAAUUUCCUUCUUAUUCCAGUCCUCUAGAUGAUCUCAUAAAUCAAUUAGGAGGACCAAAGAAGGUUGCAGAAAUGACGGGCAGGCGCGGUCGCGUGGUAAAAACAGAGAAACAACUUCAUCCUCAUUACGAGGCUCGAGAGUCGGACAAUAGUAACGUGGACAGUUUGAAUAUCCAAGAGGUAAGAGAGCAGCCAGUCCCAGCUUCCCAUUGACCAAAACGUCAUGAUUGCUUCCUGAGGUGAAUUGCAAUAACGAUAAUGCUGCUAGUAAAGAUGAUGAUAUUGAUGAUUAGAAUGAUUAAUAACUGGUUGGACGAAAUACCAAAAAAAAAAGGAACAGCCGUCGGAAGGCAGUCUAUCACAACGUUUUUUUAUUUACUACGGUCUCGCUGCUCACAAUACUUCACCGGAUCGGAAGAAAUUUAGCACUAACUCGAGCAUAAAUGAACUCUUCUUGAAGUCCUUAAUACUGUGUAAAUACGCUCGGGAAAUAAUCAUCUCGUCUUCUCGCUACGCAAUUAAUAGUCAUUUUGUUCGUUUCUAAGGUUACACUUUUCAGUCUUUUCAACAAUAACAAUAUAGGGUUAUCAUCCAAAUGAGGACGAAAGUUUUAGAGGAUCACCGGCCUCUAGUGGUCUAUUCGCCUUUCUUGUAACACCCUCGACAGAAGUGCAAUUUUACACCCUUAUUUUAUUUUCAUAUUUUAGAGAAACAGCUUCAUGAAUGGAACCAAACUUGUGGCCAUCAUAUCAGAUGCAGCCAGCACAGGUAAGGAGAGUUGAUAUUUUAAGCUUGUCCCCCGUCAAUUAAGGUAUGUCGAGGAGUGAAUAUCAGCGUAAAAUUAUGAACUUGGGAAAAUUCUCUGGUAAAUGAAAUUAGCGAGAAAGCAAAACUCCCUUUUUUUUUCGGAAAAGGAAGGAAAGGAGAUUUGGGAUGUUUUUGUUUAAACUUAUUUGAGGUUACCAAAUAUGAUAUGAAAGUGAGAAAUAAAUGAAUUCUGCAAGUUGUACUUAAUUGUGAAAGUGAUCUUUCAACCAUGUAAAGAAUUCACAGUGUCUUCGUUAAAUUUUCGUUUACAGGUAUCUCGUUGCAUGCCGAUCUCCGAGCUGCCAAUCAGCGUCGCCGUGUUCACGUGACCAUUGAGCUGCCUUGGAGCGCUGAUAAAGCUGUGCAGCAGCUAGGCAGGUCACAUCGGUCGAACCAAUCAAGGUAUUGUAAAAUUGCCCUUCCAAAAGCCGGGUGGCAAAGUUUAAUUUUGCAUGUACGGCCAGGUUACUAAGGGGGCUUUAAAAUAGCAACGUCUAUAGUUGCUUUUUAGCGCAUUUACCAACAAUGUUGCAACUGCUAGAUAACUCUUGGAAAUCUGACAAUAGGUAAAUUCUUAGAUAUACUUUUUUCAUUGCGAUAUUUUUCGUUACUUCACAUGAAACUAGCUCCAGAGAGACACCAAGUCUGGUGAGGCAAUCGAUAAAUGUAUGUUUAAUGUUUUUCAGCGGACCAAUCUAUAAACUUGUUACUACCAACUUGGGCGGCGAGAGAAGAUUUGCAGCUGCUGUAGCUCGCAGGCUCCAAUCUCUAGGUAAAGUAUGAUAAAAGAACAGAAAAGUGUUACAGCGAGCAGCGGUCCUGACUUUUUGCUUUGAGAAGUAAUCUUCAAUUUAGAUAUUUCCUACAAGGAGAGGGGAAGGGCGGGGGAGGGAGAUUACCGAUUGCUCACUGGAUUCCCGAAGGAUAGGUCCAAGUGUGAGCCCUCUAGAGGGGGGGAGAGGAUGACCGUUGUUUUUCUUUUCGGGCAAGACACCUUCCCAUAAUGCCUUUCGUCACACGUGGGUAUAAAAGGACACUGGCGAACUAUCAUGGAGACCUGGCGAACGUCAGUUGAAAAAUGCUUUUUUUGUUUUAACCUACUGCGAUAAUAGACAAUUGCGGAGUCUCACUGUGUGAGCUUUUUUUCUGUCAGGCGCUCUUACAAAGGGAGACAGACGAGCAGCGACUGGUGCCGACUUGACUCAGUUUAAUUUUGACACUACCUAUGGCCGAUCUGCUCUCAGGAACAUGUACCAGUCUAUAACUUUGGUAUGCUGGAAAGAUUGCUGUAAACAAAUUGAUCCUUUUAGUUGCUGCGUUGAUUGUUGUUUUGUGGUUUGGUUUAUUCCUCUUUGAAUUUUAAAAAUUUUUUACUUUCAUCAUUAUUAAUUAUAUUAUUAAUAUUUUUAGUUUAGUUAUUGCUACUACCAUUGUGUUUUAAUUGUCACAUACUCUUUACUCAGCAAUCCAUCUGUCCAGGAGUGGCUUUAUCCAAGCUCCUUACUGCAGCACAACUUCCCGACAAAUAUGAAUUUACGGAGUUCAACGCGAUAGCCAGGGUACGUUUAUCGAGCCACGCAUUGUUUCUGGGGAUGAUUUGGAUGAUUGGGAUGAAAAGAAGAGUAGCUCUAGGCAAAGACAGACUGAUAGACAACAGACAGACAGACAGAUAGAUAAACAGACAGACACAGAUAGACGCACACACAGACAGACAGACAAAGAGAGACCACACAGAAAUAGAGAUGGAGACAAAUAGAAAAGAGGGACAAAUGAGGAGAUAGAUAUCUCUUGGUAGGGAAAUACAGAGACAGACUGAAAUAGAUGGACAAACGGAGAGGCAGGCAGCCGGGAAGGAAAAGACAGAUGGCCUGGCGAAAGUCAAUUUGUGUUUAUUAAUCUGAAUCCUCUUAAACAUCUCUUUUUUUUUCUAUUGGCCGUUGUGAUUAUUUUACGUUUACUUUUACGUCAUUGUAUGGAAAUGCACUCUAACCAUGCGCUGUCCUUGUGUUUUCGUGUUUGUUUUUUUUCCUGUCGUAGCAAUGUCUAAUAUCCAUGGGUUUAACUGACACCACUUUUGUGGUAAAAGACAAAGAGGCUACUGAUGUUGGACGAUUCUUAAAUCGUAUUUUGGGUCUAAGCGUUGAAAAACAGAAUUUGGUAAGCGUAGAUAGUGGCCUUUCUUUUUAAACAGAAAAAUGUUAUCAAGCGGCUGAAGUUUCGACAGAGUGAAAUUUCAUGAUUCAUCCCAAUAUAUGUUGGCAUUUACAGCAAAAGCUCAAGUUAAAUUUUUUCAUCCAGCAAAACUAAAUGUAAACUCUUUACUCCCGGAAUGAUGAAUAAAGGCAUCGAAAAGUCUUCUCUAAGAUGUCUGAAAUGUUUCGAUUCUGACCAUCGAAUGAGAAAAUCACAAAUAUUAUAUGGACUUUGUUGUCAUUCACUCCCAGGUCGGGAUGUCCUGAACCUGAUGAGAAAUAUUGAAUUUGAUAAACUUCUAGCAGGUUUAAAUAGUUAGCAUUACAGCCUAUAAACCUUAAAGAAAGUUUUGGACAAGACUAAUUAGUCUGAAUAAUCCAAAGUCUAAAACAUCCAGGCAUUUAUCCUAAGCUGAUUUUAAAAUACCUAUCUUUUUAUUUUAAUAUUUGAACUCUCUUAUUUACAGAUGUUUUCAUAUUUCUGUGAGUGUCUACAUGCUACGAUUGAAACUUCAAAACGCGAAGGAAGGUACAGUACGUAUGCUCUUCCUUAGUUUUUGGUCAAAGUGUAUUUUGUAUAUUCACUCUGCACUCUGAUGUUAUCACAUGGAAAAUAAUACACAGUGGAUAACCUUACGUAACUGGCGCCUUAUAAAGUGGAAUAUAAAGUGCGUUUCAGUUAAGCGUCGUAAAAAUCACGACCAAAAGAAAUCGCAAGGUCCAAUGAAUACAUAAAAAGUAAAAAACAUAAAAAAAACUUCUGAGAAGUUAAGAAAAAAAAACUAAACUUAAGCGCGGAACAACUUGGCUGAUAGAGACGCGAUCGAUUUUCAUUUUACCACUGAUUGGUGGUGAGGGUGUCGCAAGUUUUCUAGACCAAUCAAGGGGCAGGAAAGUAAAGCAGAAAGAAGACAAUUCUUCAAUUGCUUUGCACUCUUAUUUGGAAAUUAUUAUGUGCGGUAUCAUUCACGAAAAUUCUGCGUUAAAACUUUAAGAUGUAGGUCUUUUGCACCACAGGACAGUCAUGGAUCUACUUUAUUUGUUUACGCCGCUGGGUGGAUGGACUGUACUGCAGACACUACCUGAGUCACGUUUUCACCCUGAGUAAUAAUUUUGUUAACGUUGCGUGACGUUACAUAGGUAUAAUGAAGGCGUGACAGACGUAUCUGGGUCCUCAAUCACAAUGGUUCGCAGUCCUCAACCGGUUUUUACCGACUUCCGAAAAGGUGUCAUGGAAACGAAGUAAGUGGUGAACAGAGACGUGACUUGUUAUCUUGUUAAAUAUGGGAAUUGCGAUCGAGAUCAUGAAAGUUAAACUAGAAAACUUUCUAUAUGUUUUUCUCGAAAGGCACGUGACUCUAAACGUUGACCGUGGGAUAGACUGGGACACGGCCGUGAAGUUGUUUCAAGAGCAUGGCUCCAAUAACUUGGAUGGCUUUUACUGCUCUAAACGCGAACAAAGAGGACAGCGGCUGUUUUUGUUAGCGAUUCUGAAGGAGUCCUCAACACAUCUUUUUAACAUUACAAGGUAAACAGGGAUUAAAUAUUUAAGUAAUUUUCUGGUUCGGUAGCAUUCGAAUUUGUGGUGGCAAUGAUAACAGACAAAAAAAGAGUGAUGGAAGAGGGGCUCCGUGUAAAGAAGUCUUCCUUGUUGUUCUGUUCUCAGUCUUUUGUUGUUAUCAUUUUUAUUGUCGUAAGGGAAGAUAUCGCUGUCCUGUUCCCUUUUGUCUGGUGGGAUGUAAAAUUUCAUUUUCAUUGCUUUCAUUAAGGAAAUCACAAUCAAAGCAUUUUCCAACGAAAUUCGGUCAAAUGAAUCAUUUCACAGAACGUAAUUUGAUUACAUCCACUAAAGAUUUUAGAGCGUAAAAUGUGAUUGAAUAAAUAACUGAACAGGGAUGCCGCGUUCGGUCAGGCCGGCUUUUGUAGAGGGAGAAAAGAAAGAUAACAUUUCAUCUAAAAUUGCAGUGGAAGUGGAGCGAGGAGGCUAUGUGGGGGAAAUUUUGAAUUUACUUGUGAAACGGUAAACAAGAGAAUAUCAAUUGAUAUUCUCUUGAAUAACUUCAAUAAUAAUUUCAAUUGAUAUUCAAUCGUACGAUUGUUGCGUUUUGAAUUGCAGACCAAACACAGGCCGGUCGCCAUUUGAAGAAGAGAAGACUGAAUUGUUACAUAAGUAUAGAAAGAUUUCACUCCAAGAUGCAGGUGAAAAUGCAUUUUCUUAGAAUAACAAGAAAGAAAACUACUUUCAUUCAGUUUUCUACUUUGUAACCAGGCACAGCAGGCGAACACAAAAUCUUUGUUUCGCUCUGAGUUUUCUUUUGUCUCGUCUUUGGCAGAGGCCGGAUGGAAAUCGCAGCACGAAAGAACAAGAAAUAACUGCAUCCAUGGUUUAGGGUGUAAGAAUGGAUCGUCCUGUAAAAGUGAGUCUAACGAACCAUGAUAACUAUAAACCAUAGUCUAUGCCAGAAUGUUUCACGCGUACACAUUUACAUUUUGAGGGAAAUGCACAAGUUUUUACAUUCUGAGGGACUUGCUCGCCCAGCUCUUCUGGCUAGCUACUUCAUCAAGGUUGAACCACGGAUUGAUUGAUUGAUUUUAUUUUUUAUUGACUUAAAAGCUGGUUGUCGCAUAACUGAGAUCCAUUUGCUAUGCGGAGGAAUUAUUCCACUACUGUCUGCCUUGGAAAUGGCUAUGGAAAAACAUGCUGAUAAACUGGGACUCACGUGAGUAAAGUACUUUUGAAUUAACUCUACAAACAGUAAAUGAUUGGUUAUAUGUUCAUUUCCCCACUUUAGGAAUCAAAGACGCACGACUAUAUCUGCUAUUUUUUUUCUCGGUGCUUUGGUAAAAACUUCAGUGGGAUUCCUGGUUUAAGUCUUGGUUUUGCUUAAUGUGUAAUGUUUCACCCUUGUUUUUCCUCUCGACUCAUGAUUAUGUAUGACUUUGCCUGGAUUUUAUUGAAGUUCUUUUGGGUAAGUACAUGUGAUAGACUUGUUUAUCUCAUCCUGGCUAUAGACUUGUUUAUCUCAUUCUGGAUAAGGUCUUGUAAUAGUUAUAGGCUUAGGAGCUUUGAAACACUUUAGCUUGACUUACCUAUCUUACUCUCGCAGCAAGGACAAUCGCUCUUUGAGAGUAGUCCGCGUCGAACUGGAUAGUGGUCAGCGGCUUGUUGGUUUACGUUACCCAGAGCAACUUAUACCGGAAGUGACUUUGUUCCUGAAAGAGCAAAAACUAGUCGACGCUAUUUUGGUACGUUUCAUUCAAAUCUAUGUCAGUAUCUUAGCAACUGCGCACCUACCCCUCCCCUAACCCAACAACAGUCAACUGAUAACAAGCAAGGGUUAAUGUUGGGUUAGGGGAGGAGUAGGUGUGCAGUUGGUCAGAUACUGACAUUAAGCCUGUCAUUCUGCGGAACUGUAUUAUGUAGUAUGCUCGUUUGGUCGGCUUCUAAAUCUAUGCUAGCUCAAAUGAAGAUUUUAAAUAGUGAUUUUAAUCAAAGAUUAUGAUAUUUUUCGUUGAAAAAAAAAAAACAAAUGAUAACAAAUUUUGAUUCCAAACUGCAUUAGGUGUUAUUGCAAGAUGAAUCUGUAAAAUUGUUUUUAACCUUUGACUCCCAACAUCCAGUAAGUUUAUUUCCCAACUGACUGCCAUACAUUUCCUUUCAAUUUACACAAGAGAAUUUAGUGAUGACACCGAUUAGCUGAUUACCAUGUCUGUUCUCAUAACCUGUUUAAAGGAUAACAUUGGAAUCACAAUGAGAAGUUACAUGUUAAUUGUCCUGGGGUAGUAGUGUCGAUUUUUGACGUUGGCUAAUUUGAGUUCAUAGUAAAUGUAAGAUAAUAUUCAAAUAUUCCUCUCCCAGGAAAAACAACGAAGUGGUAUCUUAGAUUUGGCUGCUUCCUCGAAAGAAACGUCAAAUAACUGUUUAGGGUAUGAAGAAGCGGAAUCUCCAAUCAACCCGAGAACUUUAAGCAAGGCCACAACGCCUCUUGUUACAAUUAAAAAUUUCUUUAAACCUAAAUCUUUGGAGGAAAGACCCAAGGUCACAGGAAACGAAACAGAACCUGUUGAAGAGACAUGUGUUGAUAAAGGUCGUCAUGAAGGAGAAUGUAGAGCAUAUUUUAUUGAGGAUGAGAUCACAAACAGUCCGUGUCUGUCGAAUUCAAGUACUUCUAACGAACAGGAAAUGUCUGAUGAUAGAAUGAAAGAAGUAAAAUCAGGCUACUUUGUAUCAAAGGAGUCGAAAGGAGAGGACUUCUCAGAGAGUGGGACGUCCACUUCUGAUCCUGGUAGAAGUACGAACGUUGCGCACCAUAUUUCCACGCCCCGUUCAAAAGAGAACGUACAACUUAAGACGUCUGUGAAGAGAACUAACUCUGAAGCGACAUCACGGUCAAAUAAACGACAGAGACAGUCAAGUAUUUUAUCGUCGUUUGGGAAAGUGACAAAUAAACCUGCAGAAAAGACGAAGAAAAAAGAGAUUUUUUGUCCGAUUUGUGGCGUAAAGUUUGCGAAAGAAGUGAAAAAUGUUGAGAUAAAUGAUCACAUCGACGGCUGUCUUGCUACGUAAGAGCUUUUUUGUAACGUGAUUCUUAAGCUCAGGUUAUUUAAUGAACACAUGUACCAUCAGUUGAAGGGCCAGGAUUUCUUUUAAUGAGCAAGAUGAGGAUUAUAAAGUGACUCUCACUUCGAACUGACCUGCCCAUCCCUUUUUAUACUGAUGUGUUCCCAUAUCCGUGCUGUAUGUACCUUGUCGCCCACAUAGGUGUGC